UCAGACCAGCUCUCACACCAAAGCUCCACCAUGAAGGUCUUCACAUCCAUUUUCUCCCUGCUCCUCACAGAGGCCAUCAUCAGCACCCAGGUGCUGGCUGGGCCAGAAUCAGUUUCCUCAAACACCUGCUGCUAUACGUUCACCCAGAAGAAGAUCCCAUUGAAGAAGCUGGUUAGCUACAGAAAAAUUACCAGCAGCAAGUGUCCCCGAAAUGCUGUGAUUUUAUUAACCAUACAGAACAGAGAGAUCUGUGCUGAUCCUAUGGAGAAGUGGGUCCAAGACCACAUUGCCAAACUGAGCCAGAAAAUGCAACUCAACCAGAAAGCACAGCCCAAUCAGAAAACCCACCAGAACCCAACUCAACCAGAAGCUUUAACAUCUUUGAACACAAACGUCAAGACUCAAGAACCUGUGGCAAAUAUAUCUAGGACUGGGGUUCCCUCCGUAGCUUUUAAUACUACUACCAGGAGAGUAACUAGUUCAAACAGUAACUUCACAGCCCAAGAACCUGUAGCUAAUUUAUCGGUGACUGCCGUUAGUACAAUACUGAACUAGUAUGACAUGAACCACAAUGCCUUAAUCUUACAGAAGUUUUUUUUUAUCCUUUAUGAAUACUAGUGUUUUUAUUUUUGUGUGUAUGUGUUGGGGUGAGGGGGUCUGCACAGACUUGGGCUCAUUGCUUUUGCUCUGUGUGAACUCUGAUUCUUACACCUGGGAUUUUGUGAGGACCUUUGCAGAGAUUGUGACUAUAAGAACUUAGUAUGAUAUUGCUAAAAAUAUUAUUUCAGGAUAAAUAUUAUAUAACUAUAUAUUAUUAAGCUGGUGAGCAAUGGAAAGAUCACCUAUUAAACAAAAUAUA